AGUACUACAACAAAAAGAUUUUGACCAGUCUUCUCAAUCACACACCCACAUGAAAAACAUAAAAGAAAAUAAAUCAAACUAUCCCCAAAACUUAAACACACACUACACCUAUCCCCACCUCAAGACAAUCCCUUUCUUCUCCCCUUUCUCCAACACCUACCAAAAGCCUCUCUCUCUCUACACUAAUCUCUCUCUACACUAAUCUCUCUCUAGUUCUUGAUUUUUUCAAGAUUAUUUCAAGAAAAAAAAAAACAUGGCUGACCAAAGUGGUGGGUUGGUUAUGAUGAGAGAGUACAGAAAAGGUAAUUGGACUCUAAACGAGACCAUGGUCCUCAUUGAAGCCAAGAAGAUGGAUGACGAGAGGCGGAUGCGACGGUCCAUUGGCCUUCCACCGCCGGAGCAGCAACAAGACAGCCGUAGUAGUAAUAAACCAGCUGAGCUACGGUGGAAGUGGAUAGAAGACUACUGUUGGAGAAAAGGCUGUAUGAGGAGUCAGAAUCAGUGCAAUGACAAAUGGGAUAAUCUCAUGAGAGACUACAAAAAGGUUAGAGAGUACGAGAGACGAAGGGUAGAAUCGUCUUUUACCGCCGCUGAGUCGUCUUCAUCUUCAGCUGCUGCUGCCGCCGCCUCUGCUGGGGAUACGCCGUCGUACUGGAAGAUGGAGAAAAGUGAGAGGAAAGAGAGAAACUUGCCGAGUAAUAUGUUGCCUCAGACAUACCAAGCUUUGUUCGAAGUGGUUGAGAACAAAACGCUGCCUUCUUCCACCGCAGCAACCGCCGUGACCGCUGCUGUUGCUGCCGCUAUUGGAAGUGGAAACGGUUCGGGCGGUGGACAGUUACAAAAAGUGUUACAACAACAAGGUUUAGGAUUUGUUGUUCCAAAAGUACAUCAAAUCAUUCAUCAGCCUCCUCCUCCUCCUGCUGCUGUUAUAGUAUCCCUUCCUCCGCCACCGUCUCAACCACCGCCGCUGCAGCCGUUACCACGACCACUACUUCUGCCACCGCCUCCACCGCCUUCUUUUCAUGCUCAGCCAAUACUGCCCACAGUAGGUACCUUCUUUCUCUCUCUUCUUAACUUCUAGCAUUUGCUCUUAAGUUUAGUUUUCAUUAUUUGAGAAUACUAAAAAAAAAAAUCUGACAUUAAAAGAAAAACCCAC